AUGUACGAAGAUGCGUGGUACAGUUUUGUGCCGGAAACAAGUACCAAAAAGGAUCAUGUCACCUCGCAGGCAUCGCAACAUCGUCGCAAAGAAUCUCUUUUGCAGCAAACUAAUGGUAACAACCAAAUGUUGGACCAGAACUCUCCAAUGCUAGGAAUAUAUGAGGAUGAACCUGUAUCGAAAGACCCUCCAAAAGCUACAUUGGCAAGAAGAGCAAAAUCAUAUAGCGAUUUCUACGAAGUAGCUAUGGCAUAUAUAAACAAGGAAACGAAUGAGGGAAAGACACAAAACGAGCGCGAUGCCGAAGGAGGGGAAUCUAGGACUCCCCUUUUUGAGGAGCGGUACAGUGCGCUUGAGGAUGAACUUGUGGAUGGAAGCCUCGAGGAAUACCAAUUAUAUCUAGAUCAAUUAGUUCUAUCCGAGCGUCAUCUUGACACUCUUUUAAGUGAUACCACAAGCGCAUUGGAUACACUUGCCAGUCUUUCCGAAUCGUUCAAGAAUGUCGAAGCACAAACCACAGCCUUUCAAGCCCAAUGUGAAGAUCUUUUGGAAGAACAAAAACGUAUACGUGAAUUGGCAGAUGAAGUUGGAACGGAUUUGCAAUACUAUGCUUAUCUUGAACCUCUGACUCGACGCUUGAAUGCUCCAGGUGCUGGAAGGCUGGUCAAAAACGGUGACUUCUUGGAUAUGUUAGAAAAUCUUAACUCUUGUAUUGAGUUUAUGGAUCAGCAUCCAAACUAUAAAGACUCGACUGUGUAUAAGACUCGCUACACAACACUUUUAGACAAAGCACUCAACCUCGUCCAAAUUGCUUUCUCAAAUUCUCUGCGUGAAGUGUCAGAUGACGCCUCAAAACAAUUGAAAGCCAAAGAACAAACGGAGACAAAUCAAUACAUUCUUCUCUAUGGCAAAUACGAAUCUGCUAGGGAGAAUUUAGGCCUUUCGAUUGAACGACUUUUGACAACUGAUGAAUUUGCGUUUGGGAGAAGAGGAGAUGUGGACCGAACACCAUAUAUCCAACAAUGGCAUAACCUAUAUCAGCAAUUGCUUGAGUCCUACAUAAGAUCCCGUGAUCCUGUUGGACCUCUUGUUCUCAAAAAUCUUCAAAAUUUCUCAACUACUUCACCUCUCCCUGACAAAGAGUUUGAAUUAUUCGCUAGACGAUCCGUGCAAUAUGUCUUUGAUACAUGUCAGAAUGAGUUGAAAUUGGCAGCAAAAUUCUUUCAGAAUGGACCUCUUAUGGCCGAUUAUCCUCCACCACCCAUUCCGUGGAACAUGCCUAAUACAUACCUCGAGAAACUAGAGGAGAGUUGUCUGUCGCAUGUGAAGAUACUCCAUGGCUUCCUAACCCCAUAUUUGAGCAAUGGUGACUUGCAUCGAGUUUGCGACUUGGUUACUUGGUUGGGUGACACUUUUAUUUCAGCAGAGGCACAUGAAGAUGAGAGUCGCGAUGGGCAAAGAUUGGCUGCACAGGUCUUAUUGGGCGUUCAUCUCUGGCCAUUAGCUGAUCAGCUUUUCAUCAUGGAAGCAAAAAAACUUGAGCACUUCAAACCAUCUCCGGAAGAUCUCAGGAUCAUAUCGCCAAAUGCUCCAAAGUUAUCCAAUGAGAAAGCCAUUCCAACUAGUGGCUUGCGAGUUGAUACGACCCUUAAGCCGCUUGAAGAAAGCACAUCUGUUGAGGCUGGUGUUUCAAAUGCCUUUCCGACAGUCAAGACGGCGGUUAGUCUACUCGUUUUAUACAACGAAAGCAUGCAUGAGAGAACACUCAAGAAAGGUGAUGUUCUUUACGAAAUUGUGCACCAAACUACCGAAUCUCUGCAGAGAGCCGCAACAAUCAUAAAGCGAAGUUCGAAUAACAUAAUGGAUGCACAGCUAUUCCUUAUCAAAAAUCUGAUGCUCAUCGAGAACCUAUUCAUGACUCACGAAAUCCCAGACUCAAUCCGUCAAUCCGCCGAACUCGACUUCACUCCUCUUUGGGAGACGCUCAAGGAACUUCAAUCCCGUCACCAAGUGUUUAAUCCCCUUGCAUAUAUCAGACCGAUGAUCAAAGGUCAACUACUUCCUGCUGUGGUUGAUAAAGUACUAGAUGCUAGGAAGGAAUUAGAAAAGGUCUUGGUACAACAGAUUACGGCUUUCACCAAGCACUGGCAAGCGAGGUUGUUGGAGAAGGAUCCUAGGAAGAGAGAUCAGGUGUUGAAGGCUGAGCAAGAAUUGGAUGUUUUGUUGGAGAGAGUUUUUGACGAGGAGACUACACGGGCCGCGCUGUUGAGAAUGAUUAGAGGGGGAGAGGAGUAUUAG